GAGUCCAAUCAAGUUGACACGAUGUUCUGCAUUGCUCCAUCAUUCCCAACUCUGCUGAUGCUAUUCACUACUCCUGCCCUACUCUUCCUCAUUUCACUCUUCAUCUCACGCUCAUCAACAGCUGAAGAUCCUCAAAGGAAGCAGAGGCACUUAUUCCGCAUUUCAGUCCCUGACACUGCUCGAAUUAACCCUCAGGGAGAAGAAUACGUAUGCACCGUGCAGCGCCUCAACUUGACGACGGAGAAAGCAAUUUACUUGGAAGAAUUUGUAUACAGUUUCGCUAACCAUGGAAGUGCGCACCAUUUCCUACUUUAUGGGUGUAAAUCAGUGGGAAGAUAUGCACUGGAAAAUCAGUAUUGGCCUUGCAACGCCAGAGGAAAGGGGAACCUUUGUCUCGAGAGGAAGCAUAUUCCGCUUGGCAUUCCUCAGCAGAAUUCUAGACGUGACCCAAAGUUUGAUGAGCCAGCAAAAUUCCCAGAAAAUGUUGCUUAUGGAAUUGGUCCCCGGUUUGAGAUUAAUUAUUUGAUGCUGGAAGUUCACUUUAUGGCUGAGAGAAAAGAAGGCCAGUUCCACAUGAAUGGGACAGAUUUAGCGGAUGAGAUAAGCGAUACACCAUUUGUUGACCAGGGUCGUCAUGAUAAUUUGGGUUUGGUAGCACAUGGGUCCACUAAGAGACCAAAAUAUUUAGCCGGUAUGAUGGUCAUGGCUGGAGUUGGGUUUAAAAUCCCUCGUGGACAAAAAAGAAUUCAUUCCAGAUUUCUCUGUGAAUAUAAACUGUCAGCCUGAUUUGUCACUUCCCAUUUUUCCUUAUGCUUAUUGGGUCCAUACCCAUGAAUUGGGCAAAGUCGUUUCAGGCUACAAGGUGAAUAAAACAAAUGGGAAGUUUACAGAAUUUGCAAGAUGGAUUCAUCAUAGACCACAACCUGUGAUUCUGGACUUGGAACUAUCAAAAUCUGUGCUGGCCAUCCAUCCUGGCGAUUAUGUGGCUUCAAAGUGCAAUUAUGACUCGACGACUGCAAAAACUGAUGUUCACUGGGGACCUCGUCAUAAAUUUGAUGAAAUGUGCAACCUAUUUUUAUUUUAUUUCACACUAUCAACCAAUCCUAAGGACUUGUCCAUUCCUUGUGUGAACGAAAAAUCAAGCGAAAUUUCAAAGCGUUUCCCUGCAGAUGCGUCCACCCUCCCACAACAAGUCGAUAACUCGUCCAUUUUAUUAAAAAACCAGGAAAAUAUCUCAGCUAAUCCAAUAUGCAAUCUGUAUCGCCAUUACAGAAUUAAAAAUUGUCCAUUCACAUCAUAAGCAAAGAACAAGCACACUGUUCCAGCUUGUAUGUACAUUACUUACAUUUUAAUUAAUAUGAUGAAAUAUUUACAACAUUCUAACAUUGA